GUCGAUGAUGUUGAACAAUAUCUCAAACCGAAACCGCUGAUCAGGAACCCAAAUCCACAACCAGGAUUCUUCGUGCCCAGAAAACUUCCACAGAGGCCACGAAAAAUGCUGCCAUUGAUAGUCGGGAUUGAUCCGGAAGAAGAAAAAGAGGAGAUUCGUCGCUCUGGUAACAGUCAACUUCCAGGGUUCAUCAACAAAAAAUCACGAGUUUUAACAAAUCUACAAAACAAUCCGAGCAUCGCACCACUGUUUCUCGACGGCAAUCUUGAAGAAAUCCUGAGUGGAAGAGAAAUCCUGACACCCGAGCAAAAAGGCAAGCAACGUAUCAAGCAAAUCAAAGCCUAUCCACGGCUGUUUGGCACAAAAACCCACAACCCAAUCGAUGGUAAAGUAUCACAGAUAAUCGAAGAGCGACCAAUUCCACCUCUGGCGUGGACUCCAAAGGGUCGCCACACCCGAUUACGAUGGGUUGGAGCUACAGAGAAGGAAAUCCCCGGAAUUGGUGGGCGAUUCAUUCUGCCUUCUUUGGACCCGACAAAGCCAGCUGUGAACACAGCAUAUUCGACUCAAGGACGAGCAAGAGAUGAAUGGGACACAAUGUUCAAGAUACCGAACAAUUGGCAAGCCGGUGAUGAUGUUGGAUUCUCGGUGAACACCAAAAGUAAACGAUUCGUCGGCGGCAACGGAGGAUUUGACAUGCCGGCUGCUCACCUU